CCUCAGCUUAGUCCUACAUAAGUCUCGUGCUUGCGAUCUAAAGAGAAGCGUCUUAUUUCACCCUAAAAGGGGGGAAAGACAACCGUUGCGGGGUGGGAGAAUGGCGGGGGUUUGGGUCUUCAAGAACGGGGUGUACCGUUUGGUCGAGAACCCGCAGGCAGACGCACAGGCGAGGAAGGUGCUGGUGCACUUGCCGAGCGGGGAGGUGAUAUCUUCCUACUCUUCGCUGGAGCAAAUUUUGAGGGGAUUGGGAUGGGAGAGGUACCACGGCGGCGGAGACGCCGGCCUCAUACGGUUCCACAAGCACAACUCCAACGACCUCAUCUGUAUCCCCCGCGACUUUUCCAAGUUCAACUCCGUCCACAUGUUCGACAUUGUCGUCAAGAACCCCAACAUCUUCCACGUCCGGGAUCGCUCUUGAUCCGUCGCUGCAGUGAGGCCCUAUUCAUGCGUCUGGCAUCUGGGUGCCUGUGCUCUCGAGUUGGUCUCCUGCUUUGAUAAUCAUGUGUCAUAGAUGUUUCCCUUUCCACGCUCGUAUGUGUUUCUCGUCAUAUUCUCAGUCUUUCCUUAAGUCCAUUUGUGGGUGCUUAGAGUGCAGG